CCGAGGCAUGCUGGGAGCCUGGAGGACUAGUGAGGAGGAGUUGAGAGAACGGAGCGGACGCCAUGGCGACCAACAUCGAGCAGAUUUUUAGGUCUUUCGUGGUCAGUAAAUUCCGGGAAAUUCAACAGGAGCUUUCAAGUGGAAGGAGUGAAGGACAGCUCAAUGGUGAAACAAACACACCUAUUGAAGGAAACCAGGCAGGUGAUGCCGCUGCCUCUGCCAGGAGCCUACCAAAUGAAGACAUAGUUCAGAAGAUAGAGGAAGUACUUUCUGGAGUCUUAGAUACAGAAUUACGAUAUAAGCCAGACUUGAAGGAGGCAUCCAGAAAAAGUAGAUGUGUGUCUGUCCAAACAGAUCCUACUGAUGAGAUUCCUACCAAAAAGUCGAAGAAGCAUAAAAAGCACAAAAAUAAAAAGAAGAAAAAGAAGAAAGAAAAGGAGAAAAAGUAUAAAAGACAGUCAGAAGAAUCGGAGUCAAAGCCGAAAUCACAUCACGAUGGGAACAUAGAGUCGGAUUCCUUUUUGAAGUUUGAUUCUGAACCUUCAGAGCUGGCACUGGAGCAUCCUGUGAGAGCGUUUGGCCUGUCUGACACCAGUGAGUGUCCCGCAGUUGGGCUUGAACAUCCUGUGGUUUCUAUGGAGGUCUCAGAGCCACACACCUUAGAAACUCUGAAGCCAGCUGCAAAACAUACAGAACUGUCAGUUGCAUCUGCAUCAGUAGUCUUAGUGCAGUCAGAGCAGUCUGUGGCAGUAAUGCUGGAACCAUCCACAACAAAGAUUCUGGAUUCCUUUGCAACAGCACCAGUGCCUACUACAACAGUAGUGCUAAAGUCAUCUGAGCCAGUGGUAACAAUGUCAAUGGAGUGUCAGAUGAAAUCUGUGCAGAAAUCUUUGGAGAGCACACCUCCAGAGCCAUCAAAGAUCAUGUUGCUAGAGCUAUCAGAAACUCUUGUGUCAUCAGAGACACCUACUGAGGUGCACCCUGAGCCAAGCACGUCAACAACAAUGGAUUUUCCAGAGUCGUCAGCAACUGAAGUGCUAAGAUUGCCAGAGCAGCCUGUAGAAGGACCAUCAGAGAUUGCAGAUUCAUCCAUGACACGACCGCAGGAGAUGCUGGAGCUGCCCAAGACCACAGCGUUGGAGCUGCAGGAGUCGUCGGUGGCCUCAGUGAUGGAGUUGCCGGGGCCACCUGCGACCUCCAUGCCGGAGUUGCAGGGGCCCCCUGUGACUCCAGUGCUGGAGUUACCUGGGCCCUCUGCUACCCCGGUGCCAGAGUUGCCAGGGCCCCUUUCUACCCCAGUGCCUGAGUUGCUAGGGCCCCCUGCAACAGCAGUGCCUGAGUUGGCGGGGCCCUCUGUGACAUCAGUGCCACAGUUGUCACAGGAAUUGUCAGGGCUUCCAGCACCAUCCAUGGGGUUGGAGCCACCACAGGAGGUACCAGAGCCACCUGUGAUGGCACAGGAGUUACCAGGGCUGCCUGCGGUGACAACAGCAGUAGAGUUGCCAGGGCAGCCUGUGGUAACAGUAGCAAUGGAGUUGACCGAACAACCUGUGACGACGACAGAGUUGGAGCAGCCUGUGGGGAUGACAGCGGUGGAACAUCCUGGGCAGCCUGAGGUGACAACGGCAACAGGGUUGCUGGGGCAGCCUGAGGCAGCAAUGGUGCUGGAGUUGCCAGGACAGCCGGUGGCAACGACAGCGCUGGAGUUGUCAGGGCAGCCUUCGGUGACUGGGGUGCCAGAGUUGCCAGGGCUGCCUUCGGCAACUAGGGCGCUGGAGUUGUCGGGGCAGCCUGUGGCAGCUGGGGCGCUGGAGUUGCCUGGGCAGCUCAUGGCAGCUGGGGCACUGGAGUUCUCGGGGCAGUCUGGGGCAGCUGGAGCCCUGGAGCUUCUGGGGCAGCCUUUGGCAACAGGGGUGCUGGAGUUGCCAGGGCAACCUGGGGCGCCAGAGUUGCCUGGGCAGCCUGUGGCAACUGUGGCGCUGGAGAUCUCUGUUCAGUCUGUGGUGACAACGGAGCUGUCAACGAUGACCGUGUCGCAGUCCCUGGAGGUGCCCUCGACGACAGCGCUGGAGUCCUAUAAUACGGUAGCACAGGAGCUGCCUACUACAUUAGUGGGGGAGACUUCUGUAACAGUAGGAGUGGAUCCCUUGAUGGCCCAAGAAUCCCAUAUGUUAGCUUCUAACACCAUGGAGACCCAUAUGUUAGCAUCCAACACCAUGGACUCCCAAAUGCUAGCGUCCAACACCAUGGACUCUCAAAUGCUAGCAUCCAACACCAUGGACUCCCAGAUGUUAGCCUCUAGCACCAUGGACUCCCAGAUGUUAGCAACCAGCUCCAUGGACUCCCAGAUGUUAGCAACCAGCUCCAUGGACUCCCAGAUGUUAGCAACCAGCUCCAUGGACUCUCAGAUGUUAGCAACCAGCUCCAUGGACUCCCAGAUGUUAGCAACCAGCUCCAUGGACUCCCAGAUGUUAGCAACCAGCUCCAUGGACUCCCAGAUGUUAGCAACCAGCUCCAUGGACUCCCAGAUGUUAGCCACCAGCUCCAUGGACUCUCAGAUGUUAGCAACCAGCACCAUGGACUCCCAGAUGUUAGCCACUAGCUCUAUGGACUCCCAGAUGUUAGCAUCUGGCACUAUGGACUCUCAGAUGUUAGCUUCUGGCUCCAUGGAUGCUCAGAUGUUAGCGUCUGGUACCAUGGAUGCCCAGAUGUUAGCAUCUAGUACCCAAGAUUCUGCUAUGUUGGGUUCAAAAUCUCCUGAUCCCUACAGGUUAGCUCAGGAUCCUUACAGGUUAGCUCAGGAUCCGUAUAGGUUAGGUCAUGACCCUUACAGGCUAGGUCAUGAUGCCUACAGGUUAGGGCAGGACCCCUAUAGAUUAGGCCAUGAUCCCUACAGACUAACUCCUGAUCCCUAUAGGAUGUCACCUAGACCCUAUAGGAUAGCACCCAGGUCCUAUAGAAUAGCUCCCAGGCCAUAUAGGUUAGCACCUAGACCCCUGAUGUUAGCAUCUAGACGUUCUAUGAUGAUGUCCUAUGCUGCAGAACGUUCCAUGAUGUCAUCUUAUGAACGCUCUAUGAUGUCUUAUGAGCGGUCUAUGAUGUCCCCUAUGGCUGAGCGUUCUAUGAUGUCAGCCUACGAGCGCUCUAUGAUGUCAGCCUAUGAGCGCUCUAUGAUGUCCCCUAUGGCUGAGCGUUCUAUGAUGUCAGCUUAUGAACGCUCUAUGAUGUCAGCCUACGAGCGCUCCAUGAUGUCCCCAAUGGCUGACCGAUCUAUGAUGUCCAUGGGUGCUGACCGGUCUAUGAUGUCGUCAUACUCUGCUGCUGACCGGUCUAUGAUGUCAUCGUACUCUGCAGCUGACCGAUCUAUGAUGUCAUCUUAUACUGCUGAUCGUUCAAUGAUGUCUAUGGCAGCUGAUUCUUACACCGAUUCUUAUACUGAUACAUACACGGAGGCAUAUAUGGUGCCACCUUUGCCUCCUGAAGAGCCUCCAACAAUGCCACCAUUGCCACCUGAAGAGCCACCAAUGACACCACCAUUGCCUCCUGAGGAGCCACCAGAAGGUCCAGCGUUAGCCACUGAGCAGUCAGCAUUAACAGCUGAAAAUACAUGGUCUGCUGAGGUGUCAGCAUUACCUCCUGAAGAGUCUGUAUCGCUGCCUGAACCUCCUGUGAGUCAAAGUGAGAUUGCGGAGCCUUUGGCAGUGACUGCUAAUUAUUCAGUGUCAGCAUCAGAGCCUUCAGUGUUAGCAUCAGAGGCUGCCGUGACUGUUCCAGAACCACCGCUAGAGCCAGAGUCUUCAGUUAUGUCAACACCUGUAGAGUCUGCUGCUGUAGCAGAAGAGCAUGAAAUUGUUGCAGAGAGACCAGUGACUUACAUGGUGUCUGAAACUCCCACAACAUCAGCUGAACCAACUGUGUUAACAUCAGAGCCUUCUGUUAUGUCAGAGACAGCAGAAACUUAUGAUUCCAUGAGGGCUUCAGGACAAACUGCCUCAGAGGUAUCUAUGUCCCUGCUGGAGCCAGCAGUACCUAUUGCAGAACCAUCACAGAGUACUGGAGAUCUGCCAACCAUGGCUGUCUUAGAGCCGCCAUCUGUGGCUGUUUCAGAGCACCCAGCUGGGACUGUUUCAGAGACAUCAACCAUGGCUGUCCCAGAGCCACAGGCUGAGGCUGUCCUAGACCCUCCAGCUGCGGCUGUCCAGGACCCUCCAGCUGUGGUUGUCCUGGACCCACCAGCUGAGGCUGUCCCAGAGUCCCUGGCCUUGUCUGAGCCAGAGCAUGUUACCAUUCCUUUGCCAGUUGUUUCUGCCCUGGAGCCUACUGUGCCUAUCCUGGAACCAGUGGUGUCCAUCCUUCAACCUAAUAUGAUUGUUUCAGAACCAUCUAGUUGUGUCCCAGAGUCCACUGUGACAAUUUCAGAGCCUCCUGUCACUGUCUCAGAGCAGACUCAAGUAAUACCAACUGAGACAGUUGUAGAGUCUACACCAGUAAUAUUAGAGUCUAGUGUUAUAAAAGGAAUGAAUUUACUAUCUGGUGAUCAAAAUAUUGCUUCAGAGAUUGGCAUGCAGGAGAUAGCCAUGCAUUCAGAUGAAGAGCCACGUGCUGAAGGACUCCUGAAGAGUGGCUCUAACGAAACUGGAAAUUGUAUAAAUACAGACCUUAAUAUAAAUAAUCACUUAAUUGCUCAAGAGAUGGAACGUAGCACAGUGUCUGCUGCCAGCACUGGUGCUGUUGGUGAAAUUGGUGAAGAGACAAUUUUGCCUACUAGUGAGACUAAACAAUGCACAGUAUUGGAUACCUGUCCUAGUGUUGGUGAAACUGAGCUAGGAGGAACUCUGUCUUCUAUUGGUCCCCUUGUCCUUGAACCUGAAGCAGUGGGAACCGGUAAGGAUCUUGAAUUUGGCACAGCAUCUGCUCUCAGUUUAGUUAGUAAAUAUGAUGUUGAAGUAUCUUUAACUACUCAAGAUACUGAACAUGACAUGGUAAUUUCCACCAGCCCCAGUGGUGGUAGUGAAGCUGACAUAGAGGGACCUUUGCCUGCUAAAGACAUUCAUCCUGAUUUACCUAAUAAUUUUAUCAAUAAGGAUGCAGAAGGAUCAUUACCUGUACAGGAGAGUGAUCAGAUGUUAGCAGCUGCUGUCAGUCCUAAAGAAAGUAGUGGAGAAGAUAAAGAAGUAUCUCUCUCUACUAAAGAGAUAGUGUCUGAUUCAGGAUUUCCUGCCAGCAUUGAUGAUAUUAAUGAAGCUGAUUUAGUGAGACCAUUACUUCCUAAGGACAUGGAACGUCUUACAAGCCUUAGGGCUGGUAUUGAAGGACCUUUACUUUCGAGUGAGGUGGAACGGGAUAAAUCUGCUGCCAGUCCAGUUGUAAUUAGUAUACCAGAAAGAGCUUCAGAGUCGUCUUCAGAGGAAAAAGAUGAUUAUGAAAUUUUUGUAAAAGUUAAGGACACACAUGAAAAAAGCAAGAAAAAUAAGAACCGUGACAAAGGCGAGAAAGAGAAGAAAAGAGACUCUUCAUUAAGAUCGAGAAGUAAACGUUCCAAGUCUUCUGAACACAAAUCGCGAAAGCGCACCAGUGAAUCUCGUUCUAGGGCAAGGAAGAGGUCAUCUAAGUCCAAGUCUCAUCGGUCUCAAACACGUUCGCGGUCACGAUCAAGACGCAGGAGGAGGAGCAGCAGGUCAAGAUCAAAGUCUAGAGGAAGGCGAUCUGUAUCAAAAGAGAAGCGCAAAAGAUCUCCAAAGCACAGAUCCAAGUCCAGGGAAAGAAAAAGAAAAAGAUCAAGCUCCAGGGAUAACCGGAAAACAGGUAGAGCUCGAAGUCGCACCCCAAGUCGUCGGAGCCGGAGUCACACUCCAAGUCGUAGGAGAAGAUCCAGAUCCGGGGGGAGAAGGAGCUUUAGCAUUUCCCCGAGCCGACGGAGUCGGACCCCAAGUCGACGGAGCCGCACCCCUAGCAGACGGAGCCGUACCCCGAGUCGACGGAGCCGUACCCCGAGCCGACGGAGCCGUACCCCAAGCCGUCGGAGAAGAUCAAGAUCUGUGGUAAGAAGACGAAGCUUCAGUAUAUCACCAGUCAGAUUACGGCGAUCACGAACACCCUUGAGAAGAAGGUUUAGCAGGUCUCCAAUCCGUCGCAAACGAUCCAGGUCUUCAGAAAGAGGCAGAUCACCUAAACGUCUCACAGAUUUGAAUAAGGCUCAGUUACUUGAAAUAGCCAAAGCUAAUGCAGCUGCCAUGUGUGCUAAGGCUGGUGUUCCUUUACCACCAAACCUAAAGCCUGCACCUCCACCUACAAUAGAAGAGAAAGUUGCUAAAAAGUCAGGAGGAGCUACUAUAGAAGAACUAACUGAGAAAUGCAAACAGAUUGCACAGAGUAAAGAAGAUGAUGAUGUAAUAGUGAAUAAGCCGCAUGUUUCGGAUGAAGAGGAAGAAGAACCUCCUUUUUAUCAUCAUCCCUUUAAACUCAGUGAACCCAAACCCAUUUUUUUCAAUCUGAAUAUUGCUGCAGCAAAGCCAACUCCACCAAAAAGCCAGGUAACAUUAACAAAAGAAUUCCCUGUAUCAUCUGGAUCUCAACAUCGGAAAAAAGAAGCAGAUAGUGUUUAUGGAGAGUGGGUCCCUGUAGAGAAAAACGGUGAAGAAAACAAAGAUGAUGAUAAUGUUUUCAGCAGCAAUUUGCCCUCUGAGGGCCGGGUUAAACGGCAGGGCCGGGUUAGACGACAGAUGAAACAACCCGCAGCUUCUCAUUUGACAGUAACUCGAUGCAAUUCACUUUGUGGAACCAAGCCACAAAGUGAAAAGCAUCGAAUUGCAGAGAACAGUGUUAUCACAUCCCUACCCAACAUUGGGCCCUCCUUGCACUUGUGGGAAGGUAGCCCAAGGUACAACUAUUUAGCUUCCCGUUUUGCUUCAAGGCUCUAUAGCUCUAGAUUUUGGUGGUAGCAAAUUUAUUGGGUGGAGGGAUUUGAGUAGAGAGAGGCAGAUCCUCAGGUUCAACACAAGAACUGGAUUGGAAAAGGUCCCUGUAGGCUGAUGUGAGCAUCUCUGAUACAUAGCCUGUUGCCCUUUAAAUAAUGCUUUCUUACUAUAUUUUUCUGGGUUGUUUGUCAGAUAGCCUUUAAUUUUAAUAAUUUUCCCCUUCUGUGUGCUACCUUGGCCCUUUUGAAUUCUUGUGUUUAACCUAAUGCUCAGCCUUGGUAUUCCAUUUCCCUUCUCCUUCCCCUUUUUGCUACUAUUAAAAGUUGGAGAAGUGGAAUUCACACCUUGAAAUUUCCAGGAGGCUAUAGUUGUAUCUUGUCAAAAUGACGCAGUAAUAAUGCUAAGUGUCAAAACAGCCCCAUUAAAAUGCCGCCUGAUUAAAUAAUGUGCUGCUACAUAUAGUGCACAUGAAAACAGCGAGACUGUAUAUAUAUGUAAAUAUAUAUAUAUAUCUGUAUCUUUGUAUGUAUCUCUGUAUCUGUACCUUUGCUGUAUCUUUUAAUAAACAGUUUACUUUUAUUUAACUUGUUGUGCAAAAUCACGCUUGGGGGAUCUGGGAGGGUGGAGACUUACUAGGGGGGUGGGAGUUUUAAGUGAUACAGUAGACUAGUCAUCACCUCUUGCCCUUGGUUUCCAAAACCCAGACAUUCGUCCAAGGACUGGACUAGAUAUCUGAUGCCCGUACAGUGUAGGGAUUCUUCUCCAGUUCUUAUCCUUGCCAUUCUGGGAUAUGUGGAUCCAGAGAGACCUGUACUCUUCACCUACAGGUUCCCCUUAUUGGCCAUAUCAUCAUCAUCCAGUAAACACCUCUGAUAAUACAAAUAAACAAAUUCUGUUUAUAAAGUUAAAAGUGAACAGAACCCAAAUCAGAAACUUUGGUAGUGUUUUUUCCCCUGAGCUAUUCACAGGAGACAUUGUUUUUUUUGUUUGUUUGUUUUUGACCUGUGGCAUUUGGAAAAGAGAGCACGUUCUGUACACAUUGGACAUAACUAGCCAGUGCAACUUACAGUCACUGGUGAUAUUUACAUGAGAUUCAACAACUGAAGCAAGGUACACCAUCACCAGUGAAGGAGAGACAGAUAACUUAUUUGGACAAUUUUUAGUGAAGCCAGUUGAGUAGUUCAGUUGCUUAUUUCCAAAUCAGGCUACUGCACAUCUCAAGAGGGAAAGGUUAACUGACAUUGAUAACUGACUUGAAUCUAGUAAUAGCUGAGCAUAAAGUAAGAGGGCUGAACUGACUGAGAAAUUCUAAUACACAUGCUUUUAGUAAUUUCUUAAACAUUAAGCAUUUAACAGAGUUAGGAAAAAACAUAAGGAGACAUUUAUGUGAAAAAAAUUUUCCAACGUGGUGAAGCCCUAUAAAUAUUGCAUAAUUCCAAAAGAUUUUCCUGGGAAAAUAAGUGACUAUAACUAUUUAACUUGAGUGGAACAUGGGAAGGAUGCUUAGUGAAUCCUGUUGAUUACAGUUCUUGUUGAUUAAGAGUUUAUAUAUAAACGUGUGUGUGUGUGUAUAUAUAUUACAGUAUUAAGCCGUUUUCAGUCUUAACACUGAAACUGGUGGACGUUGUCUGUCAUCAAUAGUGGUUGUCAAAUUUGAAUGAAAAGUUGGGGGAAUUCCUCCAAAGACAUCUGGGAGGGGGGAGUAGAUGGGUAUUAAGAUUUUAUAAUAAAGGAGCCUUUUACUAAAGCAGGAGACAAAAAAAGUUCUAUUCGUGAAGCAGAUUUCUCCUGUGGGGGAGAUUAUAUACUAUUGAUAUUAAGCUAGUUUCUUAGACAAUUAGACUAAAAAAUAUGUGUUAACUUUAAUUUCAAGUAAAACAGUCCCAAAAUUUUAGGAAGGGACAGAAAUUUGCUUUUGUUUUCAGGUCUGUGUACUUUCACCUAGAAGUAAUAUUACCUUUAGAAAUAACAUCUAAAGGGUGUUCACUGUAUGAAAUGUUUAGUUCUAGUUAUUUAGCUGUAUCUUACAAAUAUAUUAGUAAGAUUAAUGUUCUAUAUUCUAAUGUUUGUAGAAUACUAUUGGUGACAUUUUAUGGGAACAUUGAGUCUUGAUUCCCUGUUGGGGUUGAAAUAAAGAUUUUAUGUAGAAAAGGAAAGUUCUUUUUAAAUGGUCAAUAUUUUAAUUGAAUAGUGCUUUGAAUUUUUCUGUUAUUUUUUUCAUUUUAAUAAAUAUAAUUGGAAUUUGUGGUUCUUUAGUUUUGAGCAUAAAACAUUCAGGCAAAGAUCACAGAUUUGAUCUCAGCUUUGCUAUAUGAUCCUUAAUCCCACCAAUUGUGCACAUGAGUGCUCUUUGACAUAAGUAAGAGUGAAUAGACAUGGAUGGAUCAACAUAAAUCCGUAUCUUAUGGAAAUACCAACUCAUCACACUGUGGGCUCUGCUGCCAUAGCAUCGUCUUCCUACCCAGAAGCCAACCAGCGUCAUCCUCAGUAAAGAGUGACUGCAGAACCUUGAUCAUAUCUGUGUGAAUUUUGAUUUAUAAACUAUGAAACCAAAAGUGUUGGAAAACAGUUUAAAGCUUGUCCUUUGGGGGCAUUAAUUCUUGGUAAUAAAGACAGCAAAGCCUUACGGGGUAGAGGAUAUAAGUGUAGUCUCUGGCAUAAAAUUUCCUUCCUUCAUGUCCCAGUGGAGCUAAAAUUCCCUUAUGGUUAGGAACUCUGUAUUUUUGAGGUUUAAGAAAACUGAGUUCUUGUGGUAAAAUGAAAAUUUUAAUUGAGAAUGAAACACACAGGUUUUGGCAGUGCUAGAAUGUGUUAUGUACAGCUUUUUAAUUCAUUCUUUCCUCUUUAGAUUCUCCCAGGUUAUUAAAAUGGAAUUUUUUUACGAUUUAAUGUUUUAUCUAAUCCUCCAAUUACUGUAAUUCAUUUACAUGUAAUAAACUAAAAAUGGCACUAGAGAAUUUUAUGUGAAAUAAUAAAAGACUCAUAAAUCAGUUUUUAAAACCAAGCCACUUAACUUCUGAAGCAUUCUGUAUUUAGUGUGGCUUUUGUAUAUAUAGUUGUCAUUUACUUUGUAUUUUAUUAACUUUUGCUAAAUAUUUUAAAUCAUGUUUUAUAUGCAGGCUAGGUGCUUUUUCUUUAACUUUCUUUACUUAAAAAUUUCCUUUUAUAUCAUCUUUUAAUUGGAGAUACCUGCAAUUUCUUGUGUAGAAAGUAAUUUGCCUUUUACAGGUACUAUUUUUUCCUUACUUGAAUGACCACCUUUUAAUAAUUCUCAUUAGUUCUUUUAUAGCCUUUCAUUGACUUUUUAAGAAUUAUUUAAGACAAUUGUUCUAUUUAUGUAAAUAGUUGGGUUAACACAGGGGGAAGGUAAAUUGACUUAGAAGGAUUUUUAAAAUAAGGAAGAUGAAGAUGCACAGUUAAUAGCUUAGGUUGUGAAAUGCAUAUUACAGUGUCAGUUACAUUUGUGUUUUAUUAGUCCUGAGAACAUUUUAGGUUACAGAAAUAGUAAUCUGCUCUGUUGCUGAAGUGGAGGGGUGAAAAAAACUUGGACAGGUUUUUAUUGAUGUGUGAACUGGAAUAAUAAUUCAGGAUACUCUUUUUAUGUGGAUUUCACCUUUUAUAACAAGCCCUAGGGAGAAGGAAAUAAAACAUUUCCCCCCAUCAUGACGCCUAGAAUAUUACCACACAUUACAUAGAAGGUCUGUUGUGUAUUAGUGGAAAUAAAUUUGCUUUGUUGAUAGCUUGAUAAUAGUGUUCUGCAGGGUUUAAGAUAAUCCCCCCUCCCCCCGCCCCCCCAACUUUUUAGCAUUCUAAAACUUUUAGCAUCAUUUUGGUUCCUUUCACACUUGACUGUUUUUGAGCAACAUUAAGUUAAGACUCAAACUCUGCUAUGUAUUAUAGCCUGGUAGUGGUGGUAUAGUUGUGUAUGACUCUUAACGACUCCAUGGACUACACAUUGCCAGGCUCCUCUGUCCAUGGAACUUCCUAGGCAAGAAGACAGCAGUGGGUUGGCAUUUUCCUUCUCCAGUAGUUGUUAUAUGCUUUAUAUAUACACAUACAGAUCCUAUGCAGUCCAAUACAAUAGUCAUUGAGCCGCUGAGAAAUCAGUUCUUUAAUUGCACUAGGCACAUUUCAAGUGCUCAUUAGCUUUCACUGUAAAAGUUCUCUAGGACAGUGCUGUUCUAAAGGGUAGCUGUGAUGUUUUAUGAGUCUUUUAAUACUGAUUCAGAACUUUGGUCUAAUCUUUGAAUAUUAAUGUUUUGAGAAUUAUAGUUGGUUUUUUACUGCAUAUCCUGAGCUACCCUGGCAACUUGGAUGUAUGCUUUUUGAUAUAAACUCUUGAGGAUUCAUAAGAAAUUAAGAUAAUCCUGAUUUAUCCAAUUUUGGGUAUGUUUCCUCACAUUAAAAAAUAUGAAUAUGAAAUUAAUAGUCAAAUUACUAUUUGUUAAUAAAGUUUUGACAUGAACUUACAGCUCACUUGGUAAGCCUGUUGAAGAAUAAAUGAAGUUGUAUUAGGAAAAAAACUAGUUGUAAUUUUAUCUAAAUUUAUAUUAAAUCUCAAUGUUGCUAUAUUAAAUAAAUACUAUUUAAAUAAAUAAAAGUUCCUUUCAGAGUGAGAUGUGAAUUUAACAUAAAAUACUGAGAUUUGAAUGAAGUUCCAUCCUGAGGAUAAAUGAUGAGGUAUUUAGGUUACCUGCUUGCUUAAUAAAGGUUAAAAGAGUAAAAAAAGUAUGAAGAUACAAAGUGUCUUCAGAAGGAUGAAGUCACAGAUAGGUAUGUUAAUUUGCUUUCCAUUUGGGAAGAAGUGAUUUUAUUUUAGAAAAGUUGGAAUUUUCAGAGCCAUCUUAACUACAUUUUUAUGGCUAAUUUACAGUUAGAAAAUGAGGGAUCAGAGCUUGGCUUGGUGGUGGGUAGGUACAUUUUCCCUAGUUUCUCCUCUGAAUUUCAACUUUUUAGAAUUAAAACCUAUUAUUUAUACCUGAAUACCCAUGCUUAGAUUUGUAGACGAGUAUGAAACCCACAGUAAUUCUGGCAAAGUUAAAGAACAGUAUUUCACACAUAUUUUAUGGGCCUCCAAAAAUUACUUCAUCAUCUUGCCUGACAGGUUUAUGAAAUAUCUACAUCUUACCUGACAGGUUUAUGAAAUAUCUAAGGCCAAAAAAGAAUGUGAUUCUGAUCUAAAAUCUCUGGAUUCCCACUUAAAAAGUCACAGCAGGUGAUCACAGUUGUAAUAGAAGUGAAAAGUGAGCUUACUGUGUUUUUUAGUGUUUCAGUCUGCCUUUACCUGUAUAUCCCCAGAAAUAUUCCAGUUAGUGUGGAUAAUUUACUAAGUUAACUAAGAAAUUAGGAUCUUUUAUUAGUGAGAUCUGUGAGCAGUCUGAUUACAGAAUGAAUUCAGUUUAAUUCUGCUUUCAUUUUAAGAUGACAGAUAUAUAGAAACCUGUACUUUUUGGUACCUUGUGGAAGAAAAUUUUAAUUUUGCUAAAGGAAUGAUGCUAGGUGAUUCAGCAAGAUAUGAAUAGUGAAGGUAGGAAAAAGGAAGAUUAGUAAUCCUUAUGCGUGAGAUAGAAUUAUUCUCUAAUAGUCAUUUACUCUUAAUUAUAUAGGUCUUAUUUUUAAAAGAAGUAUUUCAUAUUCAACUAUACAGUCAAAUUACAGAUUGCCUUAGUUUGGCUUUUUAAAAAUCUGUUAACUUAUUUUAACUGACUUCCUUACAUUUGUUACACCCAUGCAGUUGCUACUAGUUAUUCUUUUUAUAUGAAUUUAGGAAAAUCCUCACAUGUCAGAUAACUAUUUUCCAAAAAUGAAUUUUCUUGGAUGAGAUGUUAGAAAAUAUUAACGGGUUUAAUAGUGUUAGAAGAAAAACAAGUAUUAAGACUUGGUGAGUUGACACAAAUCAUCCUGAGCUCUUAAUGUUAGAACUGAAAAGCAUCAAAUACUUGAUUUUUUUUCCUUCUAUGGUUGAGCCUUCCACAAAUUUGGUAAAUAGGAUAUUUGGUCGAAAGAUAAUCCUUGAAGUUUUCCUGGAUAUUCUGAAACUAAGUCGCAUCUGCUUAGCAUAAGCUUUUUACAGGUAGAACAUGAGCACUGAAAAGGAGGACCUAAGGCAUUUUAAACAUACCUUAAGUGUUCCAAUUUAAUAAUUGUGUACCCCCACAGAAAUAUUCUAACUUCGAUCAUCAGUGUACAUAUUAAUGAGUUAAAAACCAUGUAUAAUGAAUAUAUUCUUUGAAGAAGCUGAGUUCCUUGUAUCAGACUUAAUGAACAACCACAAGUAGGUGAAAACAUGCAGACAUCAGUAAAGGAGCGGUGUUUGACAUGGCAGUGGCUUUCUGCUUGCUUAUUUAAGAGCCUUGCUUAUUGCCUCUGAGGGCUGUGCUGAGAAGCAGGAUGAAAUGAAAACUCCAAUAAUUAUUUCGUUAGUGAAGGCGAGAGAUUUUUAAGUUCUUCAUGAAACUUUCUCUGAUUGUAGUUUGAUGUAGUAGAAAAUAAGAAAGCAGUUGGCUUUUGGAUUGAGUUCAUCUGCUGCCUGAUACUUUGUAACUUACCUUAAACAAUCCAUAUCUAUUUUCCAAGGUUAUUUUACCUUUUAGAGUCUUCUCCCUGCUUUAGAAAAUUAUAUAUAUACACAUUUUUAUAUGUUUGUAUAUACAGAAUUUUAUAUACAACUGGUUUUUGACAUGAAGCAACUAAAGACGUGAGCAUUUUUCAUAAUUUAGGGAGUCUUUGGUUAUUUGAGAUAAUUAUCUAUGUUUUCUUUCUUAGCCUGUGGACAUCUCUACAGCAAUGAGUGAACGGGCACUUGCUCAGAAAAGACUCAGCGAGAA